AUGAAGAGGAGAGUCCAACACUUCUCACUAAAACACACAAGUCCAUUGAUCAAGUCCGAUUUGAUUUUCUUUACCCCUCGAAAAAAGAUCAAUGCAAACUCCGAAAGUGCAAAAAUACCAGAAGAAAGUGCAAAACUACAUGUAAUUCCUUCAUUCAAUAAACGACGGACUGUUGGGAUCUUUGAUGCACCAAUUCAUCUCUAUUUGCUGGUCAACAAAAUCAUUCAAAAUGAAAAGGUGCUGGAAGAUGAAUUGUACGAACAGUGCGAAUGUGCAGACAAAAACAUUUUGAGUUCGACAAACACAUUGAACCCCAGUGAAAUUGAGGAGAUUGUCUACCUCUUCAUUAAGAACCUCAGCGAGUUGAAUCAACCCCUCUUCGAGUCGAUCGACGAUUUUGACGGCAUCGAAAUGCCAUUCACCAACAACACAAUUGUCCUCCUCAAAAUUCGUAUUUGGCGGAUGUCAAGUAACCGAAGAGUGUUGAUCAAAGCGGCGUCGAAAAUCUAUUCGCAUCUUCAAAACACGACGGGAACAAUAUCGUUGCACCUCUUUAAAGUGCUUUUAAACAAUGAAGGUGAGUUGGGGAUACCGGAGAUGAUCGGGUUGAAUUUGCUUCUCCAAUGUCUUGACAUGUACGAAAAAGAGAUUUUUGAACCGAACGCACAUGACCCAUUUUUCAAAGACGAUAACGUGGAAAUGCAAAGUGUUGUUGGAGGAAGGAAGGAGACGUUGGUCCAAAUCCUUUUCGACCCAUUUUUCGAGAACAAAGCAUACUUGAGACAGUUUGUCCAUACAAUUCCUUACAUCAUGACAGAGCAAUUUUUCUUCGAGAAAGUAGUGGAAGAGUUCAACGCUAUUGUCAAAGAGCAAAUGAUGAAUGACGAUAAAGUGGCUCAACGCCAACGUCGAUUUGAAACGACUGUUUUGACUUGGAUCGAGCAAAGUGGGAAACUCGUUGCACAAAUUGAGCCAGACGUCAUCACCAAAUUGAAACAAAGCGAAAUAUUGACAUCCAAAAGACUCAGCGGAAGCUUCAGACUUGCACUUACAGAACAACUGAAUUUGUUGCAACUCAGCACAAGAAAAGUGAAAGUCAGCUUGUACACCAACAACAGCUUCACACAAGAACACCCAAGCGACUUGAAGCUUGACAGUGAAAUCGAAGAACUCCUCUCUGAGAAGGUAAGUGUAUUGGCAGAGCAACUUGUACUCUUCGAUUACAAGUCCUUUGUUCAGAUCAAAGCAUACGAAGCGUAUCUCGACUGUGGAAAUCACUCAAUGCAAAACUACAUCACCAAGACUAAAAGAAUAGAAAACAUGUUCCUUGUACUCCUUCAACAGAACAAAACAAAAAUCGGACAAGUGAUAAAAAUCGCCAAAAUGUGCUUUGAGCUUAAAGGCUUCAACAUCGCAUACAUCCUCUUCAGCGUUUUGGUUAAGAUCUCAAUCGAAAGCCCUACACUGUUUGCUAAGACAGAGAAGUCGAAGCUCUCGAAGUUCAAAGCGCUCGAGGAUCACUUCCAAAUCUCCAAAAAUUUCGCAAAUUACAGAAAAAUACUCGAAAAGGCUCAUUUGCCAAAGGUACCCGUUGUAUCCAUUUGGAUCCACGACAUCAUCAGCAUAAACCAAAUGCCGUUGACAUUCGAGGGGACUGAUGAUAUUUUCAAUUUCCAGCAACUCCAAGUCAUUUCCGCAAUUGUGAAGGAAAUUAACGAGGUCCAAACGGUUGCAUUCACAAUAGCACCGAACAAAGAAAUACAAAACAAGUUGGACGCGCUUGUCAAGUCGGCCAAACUGUAA